CUGCCAAGUGCCAGUUUGGCAGUAAGCACUUGGCAGUUUCAUAUUUCAUAUAAUUUCGAUAGUUAAUUUAAACCAAUCGAAUAAUCGAUAUUGGUUUGUGAUGAUUUGUGCUGAGAAGUAUUUUUAAUUUUUAUUGUUUCAAGAUAAUCGAAUUGCGGCCGGUAGACGAAGUUUAUUCUAGUGCUUUGGUUAUGUUGUUACGGAAAAACAAAGUAACACAAGUCUAGAUUACUGGCAUUAACUAUUCAAUAUUUUGAUUGCUUUAUCGAGAGUUUUAUAGUGUUUGACCAUAUUAUAUACCUAGUUGAACAUUUUUUUUGCAAUUUGCAUUAUUAGUAGCGGCUAGGUGUAUAUUGCUCUAGCAAUAUAUUGUAUGCGUUGAAUUUCUAAGAGAUGAGUUGGCAGAAAAAUACAUUAUAAAAUUGAAUACAGAUUUCAUGUAGGGUGAAGGAAGAGACGCGCAUGGGACGCGGGGUGCGCCUGCGGGUGGCGCUCGCGCUGCUAGGCGGGGCGCUACUUGUGUGGGUGUGGCGGGGCGGGGGCCGCGCGGGGGACGUGGGGCUUGCGGCGCGGGAGGCCGGCGGGUGGGUGCCGGGCCGUGAGCUGCCUCUCAUCUUCAUCGGCGGCGUGCCCCGCUCCGGCACCACGCUGAUGCGAGCCAUGCUGGACGCGCACCCCGACGUGCGCUGCGGCCAGGAGACCCGCGUGGUGCCCCGCAUCCUGCAGAUGCGCCAGCACUGGAUGAAGUCCCAGAAGGAAAGCGUUCGCCUCGAGCAGGCGGGCGUCUCCAAAACUGUGCUCGACAACGCGAUCGCCGCCUUCUGUCUGGAAGUGAUCGUGCGGCACGGGGAUCCCGCCCCGCGCCUCUGUAACAAGGACCCGCUAGUGCUCAAGAUGGGGACCUACGUGCUGGAUCUGUUCCCCAACGCCAAGUUCGUGUUUAUGGUGCGCGACGGGCGCGCCACAGUGCACUCGAUCAUCACCCGCAAGGUCACCAUCACCGGAUUCGAUUUAUCGAGUUACCGACAGUGUUUGACUAAGUGGAACCAUGCGGUGGAGAUGAUGUACCAACAGUGUAGGACCCUGGGCCCGCAGCGGUGCCUGCUGGUGCGCUACGAGGCGCUGGUGUUGGCCCCCGAGCCCACCCUGCGCCGGGUGCUCAAGUUCCUCGACCUGUCCUGGGACGAAGCGGUGCUGCAUCAUGAGCGUUACAUCAACCAGCCGAACGGCGUUGCGCUGUCCAACGUGGAGCGAUCGUCGGACCAGGUAGUGCGUCCUGUCAACAAGGACGCGCUCGACAAGUGGGCGUCUGAAAGCGGAGUGCCCGGCGACGUGCGGGGCGAGGCGGCCGAGCUGGCACCAAUGCUCUCCGUCCUGGGCUACGACCCCUGGGCUAACCCUCCGGACUACUCCACGCUGCUGAGGCUGACGGACGGGGCGCCGCUCCAGGAACCCUCGCGUCCCCCGCGCCCGCCUUAGUCUAAUUAAUAAAAUAUAAUGUUUACAA